AGCACUUUGGUUUCAGGAAACCUGUACCUCCUGCCAGCGUCUCUUGUGCUCUCUGAGAACUCGUCGGCUGCUGCCUGGCCAUGAGCACCACGUUUCUGCAGACUUCUUCCUCCACCUUUGGGGGUGGCUCUACCCGGGGGGGUUCCCUCCGAGCUGGGGGAGGCAGCUUUGGUGGAGGGAGUCUCUAUGCAGGAGGUGGAGGCCGAAGUAUCUUGGCUUCUUCUGCGAGGUUUGUCUCUUCAGGGUCAGGAGGGGGCUCUGGAGGAGGCAUGAGCUAUGGCUUCGGAGGAGGGGCUGGUAGUGGUUUCGGUGGAGGCUUUAGAGGUAGCCUUGGAGGUGGCUUUGGUGGGGGUUUUGGCGGCGGCAUUGGUGACUUUGGUGGUGGCGAUGGCGGCCUCCUCUCUGGCAAUGAGAAGAUCACCAUGCAGAACCUCAACGACCGCCUGGCCUCCUACCUGGACAAGGUGCGCGCCCUGGAGGAGGCCAAUGCCGACCUGGAGGUGAAGAUUCGUGACUGGCACCAGAAGCAGAGCCCGGCCAGCCCAGAGCGUGACUACAGCCACUACUUCAAGACCAUAGAAGAGCUCCGGGACAAGAUCCUGGCAGCCACCAUCGACAACUCCCGGGUCAUCCUGGAGAUAGACAACGCCAGGCUGGCUGCGGACGACUUCAGACUCAAGUAUGAGAAUGAGCUGGCUCUGCGCCAGAGCGUGGAGGCCGACAUCAACGGCCUGCGCAGGGUGCUGGACGAGCUGACCCUGUCCAGAGCCGACCUGGAGAUGCAGAUCGAGAGCCUGAAUGAGGAGCUGGCCUACCUGAAGAAGAACCACGAGGAGGAGAUGAGGGAGUUCAGUAGCCAGCUGGCCGGCCAGGUCAAUGUGGAGAUGGACGCAGCCCCAGGUGUGGACCUGACCCGCGUGCUGGCGGAGAUGAGGGAGCAGUAUGAGGCCAUCGCAGAGAAGAACCGCCGUGAUGCCGAGGCCUGGUUCUUCAGCAAGACCGAGGAGUUGAACAAGGAGGUGGCCUCCAACACAGAGAUGAUCCAAACUAGCAAGACAGAGAUCACAGACCUGAGACGCACCAUGCAGGGGCUGGAGAUUGAGCUGCAGUCCCAGCUCAGCAUGAAAGCCGGGCUGGAGAGCUCGCUGGCGGAGACCGAGUGCCGCUACGCCACGCAGCUGCAGCAGAUCCAGGGGCUCAUCAGUGGCCUGGAGACCCAGUUGAGUGAGCUGCGCUGUGAGAUGGAGGCUCAGAACCAGGAGUACAAGAUCCUGCUGGACAUCAAGACGCGGCUGGAGCAGGAGAUCGCCACCUACCGCAGCCUGCUCGAGGGCCAGGAUGCCAGGAUGGCUGGCAUUGGCACCAGAGAAGCCUCCCUGGGAGGCGGCAGCAGCGGCAAACUCCACAUCAACGUUGAGGAGUCAGUGGAUGGGAAGGUGGUUUCUUCCCGAAAGAGAGAAAUCUAAGCACCUAGUGCAGGACACACGUUCCCCACCAGUCCUACCUUCCCUAGGCUUAACAGAGGACUGGCUAGAGGGGCUGGAAAAGUAAACUCGUUUCUGUCUUCAAAGGGUCCAGCUCAAGAGGGUCCCUCAUCUCCUAGUCCGGAGCUCUGGAUGCUCUCCCUCCUUCUGCCCUCCAUCUCUCCCCACCUCCUUUAGAACAGGGAGGUGCAAACAGUGGCUGUAUUGUGUCACGAGUUCAUUUUUACUGUAU